CCAGCCUAUCGAUACCUUUCAGCUGACACUUCACUUGAACGAACCUUGUUGUUAUUAGAUAAUAUUUGUAGUAUUAUUAUCUCCUCGAGGAAAGCGCCGCUGGUAAGAUGAACCGAAUUUGCCAGAGCCUGUUGCGUCAGAGCUACCCGAGUGCCCGUGGCCUCGCCGCCGGAGCAAGUGCCUCCGCCUCCGUUCCGAGCCUGCUGAGCCGCUUCUUCGCCGCCGAUGCGGCGACCGGCGAGGCGGUGGACAAGGCGACGCUGGACAAGCUGGUGCGCACCAACAAGGUGGUCGUCUUCAUGAAGGGCAAUCCCCAGGCGCCGCGCUGCGGCUUCAGCAAUGCGGUGGUGCAGAUCAUGCGGAUGCACGGUGUCCAGUACGAUGCCCACGACGUCCUGCAGAACGAGGCCCUGCGUCAGGGAGUCAAGGACUACACCGACUGGCCCACCAUUCCGCAGGUGUUCAUCGACGGCGAGUUCGUCGGCGGCUGUGACAUCCUGCUGCAGAUGCACCAGAGCGGCGACCUCAUCGAAGAGCUCAAGAAGGUGGGCAUCGUGUCCGAGCUGCUGAAGGCGGAGGAGGCCAAGCAGGCGGCGUCCCCCCCGGCGGAUGAGAAGGCCAAGUGAUGCCCCGCCAGAGCGCCCUGAGAUCAAAGCCCCAGACUCCCCCACAACCCAAUGACAGACCACUCCCCAAGUUAUAAUUAUUAAAUGUUUAAUGAUAAUGAUA